AAGCGAUGAGUAAUUAAGCGAUGUUAUCUUAUCGCGCGCUACACCUCGUUAUCGCGUACGCGGGGCGUCAGAUACGGCGCGGGGUACCGAUUUCAGUCGAAGCCGCCGGAAGGCUCAGUGAGUCGCUUCUACGCGCCAGGAUGGAUCUCCGGCUAUUAUCGGUGCCUCUGCUCGCGAUAAUCGUCCUCGCGAGGUGCGGGAGCCCCGCGGGAAACGCGACCAAGCCGAGCGCGAUUAAAGCGGACAACGCGACGUCGGGGUCCGCGAGUAUAUGUGACGUGUGCUCCUGUACAGAUAGCUACGUGGACUGCAGUAAUCGGAACUUGGAGACGCACUUCGAGAAGGCGCAAUGGCUGAACGUAACGGCGAGGGUGGUCUCGUUCGAGCACAAUUGCCUGGUGCACGUCACGCCCUUCCCGCGGAUAGUCGUGGAGAAACUGAUUCUGCGAAACAACCGCAUCGCCAGGAUCGACUAUCACGCCUUCAAGGAGCUCGUCAAUCUCACCGAAUUGGACCUGAGUCAUAACCAGCUCACGUCGCAACAGCUGCAGCCGCACGUCUUCGAGGGGAGAUUUUCCUCGGAAGCGUACGAGCCCCUGAACCUGCAAGUCUUAGACCUGAGCGGCAACGUGCUCCACUGGUUACAUCAAAGCAUUUUCGAGCACCUCGCCGACCUUAAGGUGCUGAAGUUAGCCAAGAAUCCCUUCGGCGCGUUCGACUAUCGUACUUCUAUAGCAAUUAGCAGCUUGUCGUGCUUGGAGGACUUGGACCUGAGCUACUGCCAGCUGAGAGAAUUGCCGAAUCUUCAGUUCUACCAUGCCAAAUACUUGAGGAGGCUGAACCUGAACGGCAAUCGACUCGCAGCCGUGCCCAGACCCUUGGAGGAUGCCAGGAACUUGGAGUACCUCAGCUUGGACGCCAAUCCGAUUCGCAUUAUCAAUAUGGUGAACGCUUUUCCCAAACUGACCAAGCUGAAGGAGCUCAGUCUACGCGACAUGCCCAAUCUGACGGAGAUCGGAUUCGGCGGGUUGCGGGAACUGACCGGCCUGGAGAGCCUCUACCUGCAGAACUGCAAGAAAUUACGAAGGAUCGACGAGUACGCGAUGGCGUCCCAGACCUCCGAGGGCACGGUGUGGCCGCCAUUGAAAAGGCUGAGCGUGGCAUCCAACGCUCUCCAGUAUCUGCCGAUGCUGCUGGUCGGCAGGUGGGACAAGCUCGAGGAAUUACGCCUGACGGACAACCCGUGGAGCUGCGAUUGCCUUAAUCAAUAUCUGAUCGGAACCGUGUUGCCGGAGGACGGCGAGAGGUUGAUGGGAAACGAGACCGACGAGCUCACCUGUUCCGCACCGCCGGAGCACGAGGGCAAGAAGCUCGUGUCCUUGGCCGACCGACACCUACGCUGCUUGGAUCUGUGGGGCGCGAGACCGGAAAAGGACGCCGCGAUACUCGUGGGAGUGCUGAUCGGCCUGCUCGUCGCGAUCCCGAUCGGCAUGGCGUUCUUCGUCCUCUGGCGACGCGGCUUCUUCUUCUGCGGCUUGCAGGGUCCUGCCACCUUCUCCCGUGCCUUCUAUAAACGCGCGUCCAACGACGAUGACAUUUAAUUAUACUUAUUUUUUAAACGCAGUCGCACCUCUUUGCCAAUUGCUCUUGCUUUUUUUUAACGUUAAGCAAACAUCGAGAAACAACGAGGUACAAAAGGAUAGUAUUUAGAUCGCAGCAGGAUUCGCAAUAGCGGAUGAUCACAUCGAAUAUAUCUAGUCUAAGCUUUUUCAAAUACGCGUGGCGUAAUCUUUUGUACAUUUUGUUAAGAUAUCGUAAAGCGCCGGUAUCGUCGCGCGAGCGAGUUCGGUGUACAUUAUUCCCGUUGGAACAAGCGCGCCCGUGCGAGACGCAUCCCGCGUUUCUCAGGCUGCUCGACUGUAUCGCAUGACGUUCCGCAAUAAAACACAAAACUUGAAAAUUAA